AUGGCUGCAAACAGCUCUCAAGGCGGCGACGAUGCCUUUGAGGGUCUCCUCCGACGAGAGACGGCCUCGGUCGAGCAGAAGUUGGCUGCCGAGAGAGAACAAGCACAGGCACAGGCACGCAACAUCGAUCUCUUGCAACACAAUGGCACCCUCCCCGUCACUGUCUCGUCGGUGCAGGUCCAUGGUGCCAAAAACACCCGCAAAUCCUUCCUCGACCCUCUCUUCCAGCCAUUGGUACACGGCAGCGCCAGCACUGGCUUCACCCUGGCGGAGAUGCUGGAGGAGGUUGGACAGGUUGUGGGAAAACUACAAAAGUUUGACAUUUUUCACGACCAAAUACACGUACACCUGUCGCAGCCCUCCCAAACCGACCCUUCGACCUCUCCGACCGAUUUAGACAUUGCGCUGCGAGUACGCGAGAAGUCAAAGGUCUUUCUCAAGACGGGCACGGAUUUGGGCAACACGGAAGGCUCCGCAUACGGUACUAUGCACCUGCGAAACCUCUUUGGUGGCGCAGAGUCCCUAUCUCUGAAUGCCUCCACGGGCACGAGAACCCGCUCGGCAUACAGCGCCGAGUUCAGCACUCCUGUGCUGAGCAACCCCGACCUGCGUCUGAGUUUCGAGGGGUUGGCGAGCAGCACACAUAAGCCGUGGGCAAGUCACGAAGAGGUUGUCAAGGGCGGUGGUGUCAAGCUGAACUGGAACAAUCCAGCAGGCGACAAGUACCAAGUAGGCUACACCGGUGCCUGGCGGCAGGUCACUGGCUUGGGUGAGCGAGCAAGCCCUACUGUACGAGGCGAUGCAGGCGAUUCUGUCAAGAGCGCCAUCUCCUAUCUCUUUACGCGCGACCGCAGAGAUAAUCCCAUGCUGCCACAGAGCGGAUACCUCAUCAAGACGGCAAGUGAGAUUGCCGGCUGGGGAUCCUUGGGCGGAGAUGUAGCUUUCGCAAAAAGCGAGAUGGAGCUCGGCGGUGCUGUACCAGUGCCCGUGCCCGGGGUAAGCGGCUUCUCGGGCGUCUCGAUAGGCGCUGGCUUCCGUGCCGGUCUGCUGUACCCACUGCCGCUGGGCUACGGCCUGGACGGAGCAAAACCGAGUCGCGUCAACGACCGCUUCAGCCUCGGCGGCCCAACAGACGUUCGUGGAUUUACGCUGGGAGGUCUCGGCCCACGGGAUGGUGGCGAUGCCCUGGGCGGCGACGUUUUUGCCGCGGGAAGCGUGAACAUGCUAUUUCCACUGCCAAGAGCCGGGCCCGAGAGUCCUUUCCGGAUCCAACUCUUCGCCAACGGCGGCCGCUCCGUGGCCCUGCGAAACAAGUCAAAGAGCAGGGAGGAGCCAUUGGAUAAAGGACUCAGCUCUGGUGCCGUGAUGGACGGAAUUGUAUCAGCUACGAAAGAUCUCACAACGGGAUUGCCCAGCCUGGCUGUGGGACUCGGCCUGGUCUAUGCUCAUCCAGUAGCUCGAUUUGAGCUCAACUUUAGCUUGCCCUUGGUGGUCAGGCGAGAAGAAGAGAAGCGCAAAGGUCUGAGUGUGGGAGUUGGCAUCAAUUUCUUGUAG